GCUGGCCGAGCCAUUAGCCAUGAAUUAUGGUGCUGCUACCAUCACAGCCAAUUGUCUGGAUGAAAAGCAGGCUCUGCCUCACUUACCAAUGUGUGCUGUAGCCUGAGCAGCAGGUUGAGGACCACAGUUUGUGAUCAGCUCUGUGGUUCAGGUCAGAGCAGGUGACUGGUGGAGAGAGACAGACAGAGAAGGAGGAGAGAGAGCAGCAUUUGCAGGACAACUCCUACCGUUGGUGUCAUAGGGAAACCUGUGAGUAGAUGUGAUGGUGGAGUGAUGCGGGGACUGGACGCAGAGGCGAAUCAUCAGAUGCUGCACUGAACAGUACACAGCCGGCGCAGUAGAGGCUUGUCCGUGCCCCUGAAAAGAUGGUGGGACUGAGAAACCGCUCUUCAUGGGAACCACUGCUGCUCAAGGCCUCCUGCAUCAAGUCCUGCGCCAACGGCUGCUCCCUGGGCAUCACCGCAAACCUUACUUAUGCCAACGCUGACGUAGAGUCUGUAGACGGUGUGUUUGUGUACCCUCUCGGGGAGAGGGAGGUUGUGGUGGACUUUGAGGCUUCCAUUGCGGGUCGACUGGUGGGCGUCCAGAUACAGAGCCGAGGGAAGCUGAAGGACUGCUGUUUGGAUUGCUGCCCUUCAUCUGGUCUUGACGGCCACUGUGGGAACGGCCGGGAGUGGGGCUGCUGUGGCGGCUCCAGCCACGACAUUCGGUGCACCAACGGGCAUCUCAUCCUGGACGAAGACCUUGAGAGAACCACCUUCAUCGUGGGCACAGGGCUCAUCGGCCCCAUGGAUAUAGUGUCCAUUAUCAUAAGCACCACACUCGAACUCCCCACGUUAGAAAAUGGAGCGAUCCACAUCGUCUACCCCUCAUUACUGACUCCUAUCGUCACUGGCCAGAUGACCCAGAGCAAGAGUGAAAGUGGGGGGAAAAUAGAAGAAACUGGAGCAACCAGCUGUUUUGGUGCCACCUCAGGAAAACAGGACCGGGUGCUGGACUCCGAGCAGCAGUGUGCCCACGCCAUCUUCACCGGUCCAGCUGCCAACCUGGCACCUUAUGAACUCAACUUCCAGCUGCUUGUCAGAGGGGCCUGCCUGCUGGCCGGGCUGGAGAGCCCCACUCACGCUCUGAGGGCAGAUGCAGACCCCAGCGCCCAAAGUGCCUCUGCCACCUACAUCACCUUGGCUCAGGAGCAUCCAUACGACAGACACAUAGAGAUCAUUCUGCACCUCAGUGAACCUCACAGCCCACUGGUCAUCUUAGAGAGAGGCAGACUCUCCUUCAGCCAGUAUGAGCAGCAGAUCUGUUCCCGUCGCGAUUUCAUCCACGGCACCCGCAAAGAUUCAGAGCCCGAGAGGAAGCUGGAGUUUGUGAGGAAGCGGCACCACAAGGACAUUCUGAGCAGCCCCGUCCUGAUGCUCAACUUCUGUCCUGACUUGCUGCGUGAACCUCUGGAGCUGCACAAGGCCACCAGAGAGCUGCUGUUCCUCGUGGACCGCAGCGGCAGCAUGAGUGGCACCAACAUCCAUCGUGUUAAGGAAGCCAUGGUGGUGGCACUGAAGAGUCUCCCCUCCGGCACCAUCCUCAACAUCGUGGGCUUUGGCACCACCAUCAAGCCCCUGUUCACCUCCAGCAAGCUCUGCACUGAUGUCACUCUCAUGCAGGCAUAUGAAUAUGUCCAAAGGAUGAGAGCUGACAUGCGAGGCACAAACCUCCUGGGGGCACUGUCCUGGGUGUACCAGCAGCCCAUGCAACGCUCCUAUCCUCGCCAGGUCUUCGUCAUUACAGAUGGGUCCAUUGGUAAUGUGGCCAAAGUGCUGGAGCUGGUCCGCAGAAACACGUGUGCUGGCAGAUGCUUCGGUCUGGGCCUGGGUCCUCGAGCCUGCAGGCGACUCCUGCAGGGCGUCGCCAAAUUAACAGGAGGCACCACAGAGUUCUUAGAUGAUGAGGAGAGACUCCAGCCCAAGUUUAUCAAGUCUCUGAAAAAGGCCUUCGAACCUGUGCUGACUGACGUUCGGAUUGACUGGUACCUGCCAGAGAACAUGGAGGCCCUUCUUUCACCCAAUGAAAUCCCUCCACUCUACUCUGGGAAUCGUCUCAUUGGAUAUUGCACGCUGUACGAUAUGACAGGUUUCAGAUCAAAAAAGACUGAGACUCAAGGACGAGGCUAUAAAAGCGUGCACCGAGGCUCCACUGGUUCGGUUUUCGGCCAAUCAAAUGAUGAGCUUUCGCCUCCCUCGGCCUCCGAACUAAUGCCUGUGGUGACGAGUGCAGAAGGAACCGACCUGGAGGAGGCACUGAGGGAGAUCUCCAGAGAAAUCUCCACUGAGUUCUCCUGUGCCAAAGACACAGACCCUGGCACCAGCCCAGGUGUGGAGCUAAACUGGUCCAGUGAUGUGAGGAGGAGGAUCCAGGAGAGCUCCUACAUCCAGGAGCAGUACGUCCUCACUCGCUGCUCUCUCAGCAGCGAGCGGAGUCUACAGACACAGUCCCACUCAGCAGGGGGGGCCUUUCUGCCCGACCCUCAGUCCUCUGAUUCCGUGCUGGACACAGGGUCUUUACCCCAAGGCCUUGAGAGGAUCCCCCCUCUGGAUAAGAGAUCGUCCUUGUCUCGGUGGGCCGACGCUGCAUGGCAACAAAACCUCUCCGUUGAAACCCCUGAUAAUGGAGCAAAGAAGACCGUGCGCCUGGAUGGAGGUGAGGAACCUCGCAGGAGACAAAAAGCUUUGGCUCGUUCAACCAUGGCGGCACGAAGUUUCUCGUCCCCCCAAGGCGAGCUGGAGAUGCAUCGCCUAAGGAGAGCUCUAGAGAGGGUCUCCUUCGACCAGACGCUGGGAGGGAGGCUGGACGAAAGUGACGGGGAGACGAAGCCCCCAUCCGGUGGGACACUGUCCCGCAGAAGCCUCACUGACUCCAAUGGACUCCUGUUCCCCGCCUCUCCUUUGGACUGGGACAGCUUCACAGAUCCAGAGUACCUCUUCUCUGCAGUUCACCUGGAGGAUCCUCCUCCAGGUCAGUGCCGCUCGCUCAUUCACGGCGUGCUUGGCGGCAGGCCUGUGUCCUGGGAGGUCAGUGUUGACCUGGGGCACCUCUGGAACCCUGAGGGCCAGGAGACACCAGGAGGAGCUGAGGGAGGUGGAGGAGGAGGAGGGGAAGAAGGAAGAGGGGAAGAACCGUGGGAGGAGAUCAUUCACCAACUGACAGCUCGCUCAGUUAUAAGAGACUUUGAGAAGAUGGCAGAGAAGGAGAGCGACAGUGGACAUGGUUCAGCUAAGCGAUACCGUAUGAAAGCCAUCCAGACCAGCAAGCACUGUAACAUCAUCUGCAUGUACACUUCCUUCUCUACCACUGACAGCCACACCAACAAAGGCUUACCAGACAGCAUGGAUGUCAAAAACACAGGGAUGCAUUCAGGGAACAGGAGUUCGCAGUCAGAUAGUCGCAGGCAGACCUAUUCUGUAGGUCUGGGCCGACGGCGUUCCAGUAGGGACAGUGAGGAGAUGGAUGACAACUGGAACACUACAGACAGAGAUGACACUCCUGCCUCACCAUGUAGCCUUACAUCCUGGGACUCUAGUGUAGGGGGUAGCGGCCACUCUGCUACAGCCCCGGCAAUAUCAGGCACCUCGUGCACUCGCUCACAGCGAUCCAUAGAGAGCAAGUCAAUGGAAAGCUUCUUUGGAUCCAGGUUCCCCCUGGGCAGAUUCAGGUCCUCCAUCACAUCAGGAAAGCAGGUUCCUCUCAAGUCUCACUGUUUGUCUGCAGAGACUGAGACACAACCUGAAACUGCAGCACCGGACUACCUGCCCCUGGUGCGUCUGCAGCUGGCUUCAGGAGCUUUUCUGCUGACAGAGACCUACUCAGACUGUGUUCAGAUCCCCCUAGACCGCCUCAAAAGGGCUUCACCAUACAGCCUCCACCGCCGCAGCCUCAGCCCACCUUUCCGUUGUGCAUCUCCCAGUGCUCCGUCUUUAUCCACAUCUGCAAAGCCUCUGGGUGUGACCUCCUCUCCUACCUACUGCGUCUUCGCCAAAACUGUACCUCCCUUCCACCACACUCCAGACGACACUCCUCUGAUGCUGGAACCAAGGCUUCGCCGGAGACACCUGUCUGACCGAGACCAUGUCACCUCACACCCUGACCUCCCCAGCUUCGAGGAAGGCCUCUACCAGAGUCAGAGGUAUGGCCAGGCUGAUAGCGGUCGCGGAUCAGAGACAGACGUAUAUGAGGGCUCUUCAGUAGAUCCAGCUGACCUCCAAAUGAGCUGCCAGUUGGCCCUAGAGGACCUGGAGGGGUCGAGCUGGGCCACAGCUGUUGCGCUCGCCUGGCUCGAGCACCGCUGUGCCGGCUACUUCAUGGAGUGGGAGCUGGUGGCAGCAAAAGCGGACUUCUGGCUGCGCUGUCAGGCACUGCCUGAGGGAGUGGACCUGGCAGGCCUGAAGGGAGCUGCCAGACAGCUGUUCCUGCUGCUGCGCCACUGGGACGAGAACAUCAAACUUAACAUGCUGUGUUACAACCCCAACAACAUGUGAGACAAUCACCUCUGAGGGAACUGAGCCAAAUCUACUAAUCUGCAUACUCACUUUUUAUCAAUGACUGACUCUAAAGUGGCAACAUGGAAAAGUGUAUCUGGUAUUUUAUCUGCAGGGUCAGCUAAUACCAUAACCCAGUGCCGAGGUCAAUUUAAUAUUCAGUUGCACAUGAAAGAUUUUGGUUGGUACAGUGAUUAGCAGUCACCUCAAGGCAAGGUUACCCGUUCAAAUCACCGUUCUCUCCAUGUUUGCCUGGGUUUUAUCCGGGUGCUCUGGCUUCCACCCACAGUCCAAAGACAUGCAGAUUGGAGACUCUAAAAUUGACCAUAGGUGUGAAUGUCAGUGUGAAUGGGUAUUUGUCUCUGUAUGUUGGCCCUUUAACACAGUGACGACCUGUCCAGGAUGUACCCUGCCAAUCACCCCAUGUCAGCUGGGACAUGCUCCAGCCCCACUUGUACCUAAAAGGAUAAGUGGUAUUCAUAAUGGAUGGAUGGAUGAAAGAUUUACUGAUGUGAGAACUGAUAUUAAUGUAAAAUGUUCCUUACCUGACAUCAGACACAUGGCCUUUUGUUAUAAAAAUGCUUUAUGCAAUCACAAGAAUGCCUUGAUCACCUGAAUGAGCUUUUGUUAGUAUAAGUUGAAGCUCCCUGUCUGUAUGUUCUUACUUCAUAAUCAUUGAGUGAAAUUUGAUCAUCAGGAUGAUUAUUUGAUAAACUACAGAAAUAUUACUUUAAAUAAUGAACUUAUUGAUGGGAAAUACAAAAAUGCUGGAAUUUAACUAUUUGUUGUGAUUUGAAACAAAACCAUGAAAACAAAAAACAGCAUCAAGGUGAAGUGGUAUCUCAGUUUAAUAUAAAAUGUUCAGUCUACUGCAAACUUUUCACAUUAAAUCUACAUAUGCGAUGAUUAGUUUUGGGAACACACACACACACACACACAACAGUGGAUGAAUCAACAAAUCAGACAAAUAGCUGUGUUGUACACACUUGUGUAAAAUUACUACUUUUAGAGUUUUGGCCUUGCACUGGAGAAUAAAGAAUUUACUGUGGCAAGUGAAAAUGCCAAAAGCUUCUGCCCGAUAUACAAUACAUUCUUAGUAAAAGUUCUAUGGGAUAUAAAUAAAUAAAUUCAAUAUACUGCUUUCAUAAA